AUGAACUUAGAGAUACAUUGUGCAACUAUAAAUACUACAAACUUAACUAACUUAAAUAACCAAUUAUAUGCUGUGGAAACGUAUUUACCUAUGGCUUUGCUGCAGGGAUUAAAUGCGAAUGAUGUUGAUCAAAAGCUUAUAAACUUAC